GCUGCUGAGAUAGAGGAACUCAUACAAGUUGUGAGGUUCAUCUUACUUCCUGUUAAGCAAGCAAGGCAAACGAAAUAGACCGCCCUUUGUUGAAUGAACUAGUUUUCAAGUGCCAUGUAAGCUUCAAAGUGUUCAGACUCAGCUUUCACAAUUAUUUUGGCUCCAAGGACACAUCUGAGAACAGUUGCAUGUAGCUCAGUUCAUGCCUGUUUUGAAACAAUAUGACAACAGAAGUGAAUGACUGGACACACUUCAUCUUAAAGAAACUGCCACUUCAGGAACCGUACAUUUACAUUGUGAGGUGACAUUCCAGUGCCUUGAAAUAUCCCACAAAGUUUUCAACUCAUUCAGAGUGGGACAGAAUGGAGGGUGCUCUUGACAAAAGAAGGUCACCGGCCGCAAAUUACGAGUAUAAAGUGGAACAGCGUGCUGUGAAGCACAGAGAAAUCAGCCAUCGGAAUAACACGACAUCAUGCCGCAGUCCCACCAGAGAUCUGGACACGAGGUGGAUUAAAAACGAACUGCAUCGCAAAAGGCAGUUUGAGUUCUUCAAAAGAAGACCAAUGGACCAUGGCACAUAUGCACUGUUAUCUGCAGUGCCAAGGCACAGAUACUCAAGGGAAACCCUGCGUGCACCGGACCAUAUGACGCAAACCUUAACGUCAAUCAGACGGCCCUUGAUAACAAGCCAAAAUGUAAAGCUCCAGAGAGAUGGCAUUAGCUUUACAAAGCAGGAAAAUGUGUUAUAUUCUUCAAUGACACCCUCUAUAAUAACACUGAAAUCAAAUGUCCAGAUCCCAAAGACAGUCUCCACAUCUCCACUGAAUGAUGAACAUGACCUGAAAUCAGAUGAAUGGGAAGUACCAGUCCUCAAUUCUGUUCGGCUUCAUGGGAAAAUGAAAAAGAAUCGAGUUCUGCUUGAAGACCUCACUCAGCUCUCAAACACCCAGAAGACACUGCAAACCACCAGCAUUCAGACUGAGUCUGGAUUUGUUACUGUCAAAGAAGCAGAUAUACACCAGUUGGCUGAUUAUUUAGAGGAGGCCUUACACAGAGAAGAGGCUCUUAAAAAGAAGCUCUUCAACCUUCAGAAGAGCGCCGCCACAUUACUGCACUCUACAGAGCACCUGUGGAAGACACGCUGUGAUGAGGACUUGCUGAAGAGUAAGAUCAAAGCUCUGGAGGCUCAGCUGCAGGUUUGCAUCAAGAAGGUUCCUCAGGAUGGAGUGAAAAAAGUGGUGCUAAAGAUGGAAAAACAGAGGGAGGAGUAUGAGCAAAAGGCUCUGAAGGCUAUUCAGAGGGCGGAGAAUGAGAAGGCGGAAGCUCAGAGCAAGAUGGAGUAUCUCCUGGGGGUGCUGCAGACAGUACAGGCAGAGUCUGAGCGGUGGCAGAGGCUGUGUGAGGAGCUGAAAGAGGGUUCCAGUCAGCUGAAGAAGAGGCGGGAUGAGUGCGUCGAUCAGAUGCUACAGCUGCAGGGUCACUUGGAGCGUUCUGUGGAACAAGAGGAGAUGCUGAGAAAACAUGCUGAAUCUCUGCAGCAGCAGAGAGCAGAGCUUCAUUCCUGCAUCUCAGAGCUGGAGGAGGAGAACCUCAACCUGAGAGAACAUCUACAGGAACUCACCGGGCACAAUUCUGAGUGGUGGGACAGUAACACAGAAAUACAUGAAGAUGCUUCAGGACUGCACCAGCUCCUACGGACAGAUAACAGCAUGGCCAGACAGCUGGGAGAGACAGAACAUAGACUUAGAAUGAAAGAAAAAAAGUGCAUGGAGCUGCAGGCAGAUCUUGAGGCCCUGGAGCAAGAGUGUUACAGCUAUCAGUCCCGACUGACCCAAUGCAGAGAAGAACUGAAUGCAGUGACGACACGGCAGAAAAACAGCAGGAGUCGAUGUUUUGGUUCCUGGCUCUGUACAUUUCUCUUCUUACUGCUCCUGAUGGUCGUGGUGGCGGCAGCGCUGUGGUUGUAUCAUCCACCUGCAAGAGAGCAGCUCCGCCACGUUUACUCUGUCCUGGAAAGGCGUAUGGAGGACUACCUCAUCCAGACAGCUUCAGCACAGCAUGGAGCCUGCUUUAGACCUGUGUGACAAGAGCAAAGAGCAAAGACUAGAGUCUUCUAGAGCUUUUUCAUAUUUAUUUUUUAUUUCGCAUUUCUAAUUGAUUUUUAUACAAGAAUGUUAUGAAUUUAGCCACAUGUCUGUAUUAUUUUAUUUACAUGUCAUGGUUCUUUGUAUUAGUAUCUAAAAAAGACCAAACUGCUUGUGUAAAUAUUAGUGUCAUGUUACAAAAUAUUUUAAUUAAUUUCUAGUGUUGAUACCUAAAGUUUCUGGGAUUGUACAGUUUAUAACUGAUUAUUGAGAAUUCAAAACGGUACAUUUAAACAAAAUGGUAGGUCAACUGAUCAAGCCUGAAAUACAUUUACUGUGUAAGAUUUACAUUUUGACAUUAAUAUUAAACAUAAUAUUUGUAUUUUGAA